AUGGCAUCCAGAGCCGCAGCAGGCGCCCGUCCAGGUGCUAGGUUCGCUCAGUUUAAGCUUGUUUUGCUUGGAGAAUCCGCUGUUGGAAAGAGUUCGCUAGUACUGAGAUUCGUCAAGGAUCAAUUCGAUGACUACCGAGAAUCGACGAUUGGCGCUGCCUUCCUCACACAGACCAUCUCGCUGGACGAAAGCACAACUGUCAAGUUCGAAAUCUGGGAUACCGCUGGCCAGGAAAGAUACAAGUCGUUGGCUCCAAUGUACUAUAGGAACGCAAACUGCGCCGUGGUUGUCUACGAUAUCACCCAAGCUUCAUCGCUGGAUAAGGCCAAGUCUUGGGUCAAGGAAUUACAACGCCAGGCAAAUGAAAAUAUUGUGAUCGCUCUUGCAGGCAACAAGCUAGAUCUCGUCACCGAAAGUCCCGACAAGAGGGCGAUCCAAACUGCCGAUGCAGAGGCCUAUGCCCGUGAAGCCGGCCUGCUAUUCUUUGAGACAUCUGCCAAGACCUCUUCGAAUGUGCGCGAACUAUUCACAGCUAUUGCAAAGAAGCUUCCGCUGGACCAGGCUGGGCCCCGAAACAUGCGGUCCGCGCCCCGUCCCGGUGUGGACUUGCGACCGGAGGCUCCCGGCACCCAGAGUGCUGGCGCCUGCAAUUGCUAG